GCGGUCUGUGCUCCCCGGGGCCUCCCGUUGUCGGUCCCCUUUCCCCGGAGAGCGGGCGGCAUGGCCCAGGGCUGGGGUUCAGGCAGCGCCCUGCUGCUGCUGCUGCUCGCCAUUAGCCGAGAGGCGCUUGCAGUAUCAUUUUACGGCAAAAGCUAUGUGCAUUUAAAUUUUGCUGAAUCCUCCACGACAACAUUCCUGAAAUUACGUUUUCAAACAAGCAGACCAGAUGGAUUGCUUUUUCUUGCUGAAGGAAAAGAUGUUUAUUUUUUAGUGGAAUUACAUUCUGGAAAUGUGCAGGUGAGAAUCAAUCUUGGGGUAGGGGAACAAAUCCUCCAUUCCCAGGGAAGCCCCCAGCUGAACGAUUUAAUGUGGCAUCUUAUAGAAGUCCAUCGUGAAAGAGAUAGUGUUACACUCAUUAUUGACAAAAGCUAUCAAGCUACUACAAAAGUGCCAGGUGUUCUGUUUGAACUAAACUUCCAGCAUGGCCUCUAUGUUGGCGGGAGUGGUGGCCUUGAUGUCCCUUAUCUUGACGGUACACAAACCAACUUCCGAGGAUGUAUUGAUGAUGUGAUAUUUAACAAGCAUGACAUCCUAACGUCUCUGAGACCAUCUCCUAGGUUUAAAAAUGUUCAUGAAGUGUCACUGAGCUGCAGUGAUGAAUUUUUUGCAGGAGAAGAGGAACCUAUUAGUUUCUUUAGCUCCAAGUCGUAUGUUUCUUUUCCCCUUUGGAAUAUCGAGAGUGAAGGAGUCUUGGAGUAUAAAAUGCAAACCACAGCUCAGAAAGGCUUGCUGCAGUACAGUUCUGGUCCAACGGGAGACUUUGUGGCAAUGGAAAUUGAAAAUGGUCUCAUUAAAGCUUACAUUGGAAAGGGUAAGAACAGGUUUCAGCUUUCUUCCCUUAGCACAGUCAGUGAUAACCAGUGGCACUCUGUCAAACUGAAAAUCUCUGCAGAACAUAUUGAGCUCAUGCUAGGAAAAGAAACAGUGAAAAAACAACUGCCCUCACACACUAAGCUUCCUAUUCUCAAGGGGGCUUUUUAUGUAGGUGGAGUAAAUGAUGCCACCCGGGCUGAAGUAGUGAAGCUAGGGUUAACCUCAAUUUCUGGAAGAUAUGCUCAAGGAGGAUCAUUCAGAGGCUGCUUGAGAGAUUUGAAAAUUAACUUAGAAAGGAAAUCCUUGAAAGAUGUUCUUGUGACUAAGGAUAUUUCAGCGGGAUGCAAAACUGAGAGUGCCUUUAGUACAAAUCCUCUUGGAGCACCUGGGAAGCAACCUGUUGGAACAGCAGCUGCUGGUACUGUAGCCUCCAAACUCCCUGGGAAAGAGAGUCAGGACCACUUUCUAGUUUUAAACAACUUGAUUGUUCCAGAAGGUGGGCAAGCAGCUCUUGAAUCUAAGCACAUCAAAGUCAAUGUUGAAUUCAAGAAAUUGGGAAUUCGGCAGUCACAAAUUGUUUUUAAAAUUAAAGACCAGCCAUCCCAUGGCCGUUUGAGGUUGGAUGUUGAACCAGAGCACGAAGAGUCCACAUUUACUAUGCUAGAUUUGUGGCAAGGCAGAGUCCUGUAUGUCCACGAUGGCUCUGAGGAAAGCUAUGAUUAUUUCACUUUCUCUGUUUCUACAAGCAGUAAAAAAGAAAUGCCUCUAUAUCUGCAAGGAAGCAAGAAAUACAUGUUCACCAUUACGGUAAGACCAAUAAAUGAUGCUCCAGAACUCACACUUCCAAAUGGAAACUUGUUUCUUCUGUUGGAACACUCCAAGAAAUGCCUGAGUAUAGAUUCAGUAAAUGUUUCAGACAGUGAUACAAGUGCUGGAGAUCUCAGUAUUACAGUGCUUGGAAAUUUGAAUGCAGAUGCUGGAUUUUUAGAAAAUUCCAAGAUUCCUGGAAAGGCUAUUACUGUCUUUUCUUACAAAGACUUACAAAAUGGCAAUGUUUUCUUUGUGCACACUGGAGUGAAGAACUCCAGGAUUGUUCUGCGAGCAAGUGAUAGCGAAAAAGUGAGCAACACGGUUGUGUUGCGUGUUGUGGCUGUUCCCUUAGAGUACAAAUUGGUCAACAACACAGGAGCAGAUAUGCUACAAGGCAGUGCAGCUUUGAUCAGACUCAGCAAUUUGGCCGUUGAAACAAAUGCCUUCCAACAAGAGCUGGAGAUACGAUAUGACAUCACAGAGCCACCUCUCUAUGGAGAAAUUCAGAGGUGGCAAGCUGGUAGAGAAUGGAAAGAAACAAACACUUUUUCUCAACGCUCCAUUGAACGUGGACGUGUGAGAUAUGCUUCUACCUUCAAAGAAAUUCAGCAAGAUAAUGCCCUUGAAUACUUUAAGUUUAAAGUUAGCAUUAGCAGCAAAAGAUCUGAAGAGUUUCUGUUCUCUAUCAUGGUGAAAUGGUUGAGGUACAAUUUGCUGAGACAUGUGCCAUUAGUAAUUGACAUAUCAAAGAAGGUGUACCUUAGCUCAGAUCAUCUUCUCGCUGUGAUAGCACAAGUAGAAGUUCCAGCAAAUGAAUUUUAUUACCAGUUGCUGUCCUUGCCUGAGAAAGGAAACAUUCUGCUUAACAACAUACCUCUGCAAAUAAAUUCAACCUUCAGCCAGCAGGAUAUUUCUGAUUAUAAAGUAGAAUAUCAGUUAAUCAAGAGGUCCCAUGAGGAAACUCAGGACUCAUUUCAGUUCUUAAUUUCUACAAAAUAUGUGGUAUCAAAUAUCUAUGAUUUCAAAAUCAGCAUUAAAACAGACCCACAAAGCAUUCUUCUGACAAACAACGGCCUCACUGUUACUGAGGGUGAAGGGAAGCUCAUAACAAAAUUGGAAUUAUUUGCACAAACCGUUGACAAUAAGACCUUCCAAUAUAAAGUUACAAAGAGUCCCCGUCAUGGAAAGUUAAUGCUUAUUAAUUUUUCAGAUUCACAGGAAAGUAACAAUAAUCUUAGUAGUUUCACAAAUCAGGAUAUUAUUGGCAAACGUCUUAUGUAUGUACAUGAUGACUCAGAGACACAGUAUGAUGAAAUUCAUAUCACCACAACUGCCACAGAAUCUGGGGAAUGGAUGAGCAGGGACACAGAAAUGGAACCCGCUUUAUCAGCAGAGAUCAAAUUUAACAUUUCUGUCCAGCUGAAAAACGAUGAGAAACCAAGGCGUGUGGUAGAUGAGGUAUUUCACGUUGUUAAGAGUGGAAGAAAACUGUUGACCUUAGCUGAUCUUUGUUACCAUGACCCUGACACUGAUUUUGAUGAUAAGCAGUUAUUGUAUACCCGGCGGGGCAUUCCUAAUGGAGAUUUGGUUCUUGUCAAUGAAACGUCUCAUAGGCUGUAUCAGUUCAAGCAAGAAGACCUGGCACAAAAGCAAGUCCUGUUUAUGCACCAUGGAGCAGCCUAUGGUCGCUUUGUACUGUUUGUAACUGAUGGGAAGCACUAUACAUCGUCACUCCUAGAAGUAAGUGCUUCAGACCCUUACGUCCGUCUAGCAAACAACACAGGGUUAUUGAUCCAGAAAGGAAGAGAGGGAACGAUCACCACGGCUAACUUGAGUGCUACCACGAACCAAGAUAUUAGAAGUGAUCAUGAAAUUACAUUUGAGAUAUCUUUAUCUCCAAAGUAUGGACAGGUCUUGGUAAAUAAUUUAGUAGCGGGCACUUUCACUCAGCAUGAUCUCAACACAGGGCAUGUGACUUAUAGGCAUGAUGAUAGUAACAAUUUGGUUGACACAUUUGACUUUACAGUUUAUGCUAAAGCUAUCCAGCUGGAUGCUGAAGUGAAUGUUCGUAUAUUCUUGGAAAGUCAUCAGCGCCCACCAGCGAUUGUACAGAACAGCAAUCUUUUGGUUGAGGAAGGGAAGCCAGUUAAAAUCACGACAAGAAAUUUGCUGGUUGUGCAUGAAAACAGUUUGCCAUCAGAGAUAGAAUUCAAAGUAAGGUUGCCUCCAGUGUAUGGGUACCUUCGGAAGUUUACAUCAGAAGAAAGCUACCUCGGAGUAGAAGAAAAUCCAGUUUUGACCUUCACCCAACAAGAUAUUAAUGAUGGUAAUAUCCAGUACGUGCAGACUUUUUCAAACCAACUCCAAGACCAGUUUUCCUUGGAUGUGACCAAUGGCAUUUGGGCAGUCAGUGGAAUAGAAAUUGCAGUGGACAUUAUUCCAAAGGCGAUCCCAUUAGAAGUACACAACUUCACAGUCAUUGAGGGGGGUUCAAAAACCCUGGAUGAAGAUUUUCUAACAAUUCCUAAUAGUCAUUUUGCAGGGCUCAAAUGUGAAUUCAGCUUAAUUGAGCCACCCAAACAUGGGUGUAUUGCAAACGCUAACUUUCCGGGAAUGCCAGUGAUGAAAUUUACCAAAAAACAGCUGGAACAAGGAUUCAUAUUCUACAUUCAUGAUGAUAGUGAAGAGCUGCUUGACAAUUUCACCAUCAUAGCAAACAGCACAGAACUGUGGAAGCAAAGCUUGCCUCAAAUGAUAUUUGUGACUGUUACACCAAUAAAUGAUGAAGCUCCUGUUGUAAGGAGAAACAAAAUAUUUCGGGUCUGGGUAGGAUCAGUCACUGAAAUAACUGUGAACGAUCUCUGUGCAGAAGAUAAAGACUCUUCUCCUGCGGAACUCUGGUAUUCCAUUUCUCAUCCAAACAAUGGUCACUUGGCUCUCAAGUCUUCUCCAAACAAAAGUAUCCUUAAUUUUACCCAAGCUCAUAUUGAGGAAGGACAGUUAGUAUUUGUCCACAGUGGGGCCAUGUCUGGAGGCUUCAAUUUUCAGGUCACAGAUGGUCUGAACUUUGCACCUCGACAAAUUUUUAGCAUCACAGCUCGAACUCUGGUUAUUCACCUAGAAAAUAACAAUGGACUGACACUUUUUCCAGGGUCUAGGAAACCAAUUACAUCUCACAAUCUGAAAGCUGUCACCAAUGAUGUGGGUGAGUCAGAAAACAGAACUAUACUUUUUACAGUUGCAAAUCCCCCGAAACUUGGAAGACUCAUCAGUGCACACUCUGAUAAUAGCACACAGGAUAUUACAAGUUUUACACAAUCCAUGGUGGAUGAUGGGAUUAUCAUCUACGAGCAUGCAAAAAAGGAAGCACUUGAUUGGAACACACAGGAUUCUUUUAUGUUUACAGUCUCCUCUCCACCAGCAGUUCUGGGUCCUCAGGUGUUUCACAUUAAUAUUUCUUAUGAAAUUAAAAGGCAUGAUCAGAGCAGUCAACUACUUGCAAACACAGGUGCUGUUGUCCAGGAAGGAGGCAAAGUUUUAAUUGACAAAACUAACCUAGACAGUUCAAACUUGCUCUCUAAAUUACCCAAGGCACAGCGUUCUACAUAUGAAGUAUGGUAUCAAGUUACAUCCUUGCCCAAACAUGGCACUAUUGUUGUGGGAGAAAGAAAUAUUACUAGGGAGAAGCCCAAUUUCUCCCAAUACAUUGUUAACAAAUUUGGAAUCACCUAUAUACAUGAUGACUCUGAAUCAUUCACUGACCAAUUUAUGUUUGCUGUGUGGUUAAACCAGAAGAGCAAGUCUGCAACGAAACCUCAUUCCGGUGUUUUAGAAGAGACAUUUAAUAUCACUGUUGUGCCAGUGAAUGACCAUGCUCCAGGGCUAAAGACAAAAGUGCUACAUUUGAAUGUUUUGCAAGGAGAUACAGCAGUCCUGGGACCAAAAAACUUGAAAGUGGAAGAUUUAGAUAAUGUGCCAGAAGAAAUCAAGUAUACCAUCAUAAGCAACCCACAAAACGGCUACUUAGCACUGUGGACUUGUCUCAGUGAACCCAUCAAAGAUUUUACACAAGCUGAUGUUGAUAAUGGUAGAGUUUGGUUUGUACAAGAUGGAACCUCUUCAUCUGGGGUAUUUUACUUUAGUGUGACAGAUGGAAAACACCGUCCACUGUACAAACUUUUUAACAUUGAAGUGACACCCACGUCCGUCACCUUGGUCAACCUAACAGAGGUAGUGCUUCCACAGGGACAAAACAGUGUUGCUAUUACAAACAUACAUCUUUCAGCUACAACAAAUGGGAGAAACACUGAGAUUGUUUUUGAAGUAACAGAACCCCUCAGUUAUGGGCAUCUCUUGAUUGGCAAUGAGCAGGUAACUAUGUUUCGCCAAGCAGAUUUAUAUGCAGGUAGGCUGAUGUACUGUAUGACAGACAUCACUGCAUUUAGAGAUAUGCUGGAAUUCACAGUGUUCACCUUGGACAGCAAUCUAACAGGACAGGUUAUGAAUAUCACAGUACAACCUCUUGUGCAAAUGGCGCUUGACUUGAGCAUUCCAAACAGAGUGGCUUACAAGCUAAAAGCAAGUGACUUGGAUGCUUCAGAGUUAGCAAACCUGACAAUCAGCAACCCCAGGUUUGAAGUGACUGUGCCUCCAGCUUAUGGAAGGGUGCUAAGAAGGUCAUUAAGCAAUGCCAAAAGCGAAAUACUAUCUGUGUUCACGCAGAGUGACAUUGACAGUGGAGCUAUAUUUCUUGAAGCAGAUGUCAAUAUGACAGGUGUCAAUGAAUUAAAUGAUUCUUUCACAUUUAUACUCCGAGCAGACAACGUGCAGCCUGCCAUGGGGCAGUUCCACUAUGCCAUAGUGCCACAUGAUCCUUCACUGAUUCAGACGUUUACACCAGAAGUGGCUCUCUUAACUAGUGCAACUAUUUUAAACAGCUAUACUGUUACAAAAAACGAACCUUUGUUUUUCCCAAAGGGUAACAUGCACACGGAAGCUCCGAGAGAGGCCCAGUGGCACAGGCAAAAUCACCAGAAGCAUCAGAACGAUAAAGAUACAAGGUUUAACGAGGAAGUUGCAAGAGGCAGAUCUGUUUGGGAUGAGACCACAAUAAAAACAAGUUUCAGAAGCACCUGGGUUCAGCCCCCACAUAGCAGCAACUGGCUGUUUGUCAUUAUACCGCUCGCCUCUGUGGCUGUCUUGUUCACUGUGAGUGCUGUUGCUGUUUGCGUCUUCCUAAUGUGCCACAAACCCAGAAAGGCGAAGCCUCUCAUUGCCGAACAGCCACCAGACGUUCUCAGCAGCCCAAGCUUUUCUCCAGAAAGGAGUCUGACUGUUCCUGCUGUCACGGUGACACCCCUGUUAAAAGGCGCAGGCAAAACAACAGCCUUCCCAUUCAUGUCGCUCAGACAGGAGCAAGUUCAUCCUGUGCCAGUUGCUCCAGCUCCAGCUGCAGAAAGUCUUCUGCAAAGCAACUGGACCACGCUUGACCCAGAAAUGAUCCAGCACUGUCGAAAAACCAACCCAACUUUGAAUCGCAAUCAGUAUUGGGUCUAGCAUGCCAUUGCAGCUACUGAGGAAUGUGUGGACUACUGUCACCUUAACAUUGGAUUGAUCUCAGUGGUGCUUAUUUAAAAUAUGCAUUCUCUGAUAGUUGCAUCCUUAUGGAAGCCCAUCAAUAGUGGACUUUCAGUUAAAUCAGGAAAGGAGAAUCUGAGGCCCCUGGGCCAAAUAUGGCCUCCAGGCAUCUCUGUCUGGACCUUGGGACUCUCCCCAGCCACACCCCUUCUCCCAGACUUCUCAUUAAGCCCUGCUUUGCAUCCUCCCUGAGUGUUUUUGCCUGGCUAGAAUGUGUCCUUGAACUCAUUAUCAACCUUCUUGCUUGCCUGAAUGGAGGACAGAGAGGGGUAUGUGAGUGUGUGUAGAAACUAGCCUACUGUACUAAGGUAAAAUUAGCAUUCAUUGCUCCACCUGCUUUUGUUUCUGGCCCCCACCCCCCACUGGCAUGUGGCCCUAUCCCUCAACUAUAUUGUUAAGGCCCGAUUUUGUCAGUGACUGGACUAGCAAAAGAAAUAGAAAGAGGCACAGUGACCACUGGUCUGACUUUGGGUGGUGUGGCAGCAUUGUAAGAAGAUCUAAGAUGUUCCUACUUUGCAAUAUAUGUUGGUUCUGUCCUGCUUGGAACAGCUGGUAUUUCCAGAUGUAGUGAACGAGAGAGCUGCUACAUCAGGGUGGGGAAACUGCUGAGUGCUGCAUUCCCUUGGGGGUAAUCUGUUGGGGGCCACAUGCUGGUGGUGAGUGGUGCUGGAGCCAGAAGUGGUCAGGGCAAGGCCAAAGCUGGGUAAAACACCUUUUCUUUUUCUCUGCCACCCCUUUUUCUUUCGUGUCUCUGUCCCCUUUUUAUCUCUCUUUUUACCCCUUUCCCCCUGCAUGGAAUUAAGUCUAGGUUCUUGGGUAGAAAUAGCCAGGGACAGAACAGAGGUGGGCAUAUUCAUCCUGAAGGCAAAUUUACGUGGCUAGUAUUUGGUAGUAAGGAACUGCAAUGCAUUUGCAAUUGACACACAGCAUACUGGGACAGACUUUAUCCCCAUUUGCUUAUAGGAUGCCACUGUGUCAGGGACUCCAGGGUUUGAGCUGAAACCUUUAGGGGCUGAGGGUAGGCCAUAACUGGUGAGCUGUCUAGGGCAGUGUGUUUUUGGACUUCAGUAGUGGUCGAAGAGUGGGAGGGGCGAGACACAGGGAGCUUGAGGUGGCAGCAGAGCCAAUUCAAUGCUCCUGCUGCUCCACACCUAGGUCCUCCUCAUAUCGGUCAGUGGCAGCGACCUGCCAUGUUUGAAAGCCAGGAAAGUAACAGUGCCCCACCCGCACCAGCUCAUCACCCACUCCUGGUAGAGGAUUGGUGCAUCACCUUUUGCAGUUGAUAAGCACUAUGAAGCUUCAAGACUGUCCGAGCUCUUGCCUUGUCAACAGAUGUUGGAAUGAAGAUGAAAACGUGGUAUCCAGUCCUGAUUUGCAGAGCUUGCACCAACCAUAGCUUGCUGGUCUGGAUGUAAUAGCAGGUUAUGGUUUGCCUAAAAUCAGGAUGUUACUAAUCAAGUGGAGCACAUGAUGGAGGGGGAAGGAGGGAAUGUGCAAGCACAGGGCUUAUUCAUGUACUGCCAAACUAUGAUUUGCUAUGAUAGCGAAACCCCUAUAGAUAUUAUCAGUUCAUACUACUUUGUAUCCUGUGGCUUCUCUGUAGAUUUUUUGGCUUAGGGUUUCAUGGGUAAAUAUGCCAUUUGGGUCUCAAAGGUCUGUAUUUUUAGAUUUUAUUACUUUUGCAAUAAUCUUGGGAAUGUGUGCAUAUGAUUCUAUGCAACAACUUUAAAAAAAAUCAAACUCUAUAUCAGUAAUUUUACAUCUUCUCUCACAUCCUGAGCCUACUUGCUUUCAAAAAGAUGUGGAAUGCCCACACAUGCACAAAAUGGGCAAGGUGCUAAUCUCUAUCACGUCCUUUUGACCGUUGCACAGUUUGAUGAUGAAUGUUAAGGCAAAACUGUUAUGGUCUUGGAAGGUGUUUGUCUAGGUCAGUGAGCAAGAAAGCCAUGAUUCUCUUGAGCAGUUGAAACAGAUGGUAUAAGACACGUGCUACUAUGAGCCUUCAACUGUUUUUGUAUUUUUCAUUAUAAAUGCUGGAUGUUGUUUUAAAAUACAUGCUUCACCUUUCAUCUAUAUAGCAAAACUGUGUGGCCGCCGGCCAGUCUGCAGCAUUAUCUUUAUGUUUAUGCCUUUGUCUAGAGAAACAUAUCCUCUUCUAUAUUGCCGAGUCAGGGCCAAAAUUCUGUCUUGAAUUGCACAAAAUAGAACUAAUUCAGCUGGAGAUGGGUUCAAUAGGAAUUUUGUGUAACUGAGAGCAGAAAUGUAGUUGUAUUGGAAGUGUUCUUCAGACUACGCCUCCGUUGUUCAUGCUCUGGUAACUUCAAGAUUGGAUUACUGUAAUGCGCUCUACGUAGGGCUGCCCUUGAAGACAGUUCGGAAGCUUCAGCUGGUGCAGAACGCGGCUGCCAGACUAUUGACGAGGACCAGUCGGUCUUCGCAUAUAACACCUAUUCUGGCGCAUCUGCACUGGCUCCCUAUUUGCUUCCGGGCGAGAUUCAAGGUGCUGGUUUUGACCUAUAAAGCCUUACACGGCGUGGGACCUCAAUACCUUGUGGAACGCCUCUCUUGCUAUGAACCUACCCGUUCACUUCGUUCAGAAUCUAAGGCCCUCCUCCGGGUACCAGCUCAUCGGGAAGCCCGGAGGGUGGUUACUAGAUCUAGGGCCUUUUCUGUGGUGGCCCCUGAGUUGUGGAACAGCCUCCCCGAAGAGGUACGCUUGGCGCCUACACUUCUAUCUUUCCGGCGCCAGGUAAAGACCUUUUUAUGCUACCAGGCAUUUUAAUCUUUUAAUUUUCUUAAUCUUUCUACUUUUAACAUGUAUCCUUUUUAAUUUGUGUUGUAUUUCAUUUUCGUUGUGCUUUCUGUUGUUUGUUUGUACAUGUUUUUGUGAUUUUUUACUAUGAUAUAUUGUAUUUUAUCUUGUUUGUUCACCGCCCUGAGAGCUAUUCUGCUAAGGGCGGUAUAUAAAUUGAAAUAAUAAUAAAUAAAUAAAUAAAUAAAUAAGUUGAAACAGAAAUACAUUGUAAAAAAAAUAGCUCAUAACCUAUCCUAAGCUUGCAGAAUCAAGUGCAAGCCACAAGUCAUGUAUAGUGGCCUGCAAGAGGCUUGACCCUAGUCAAGUCUUAGGCUGGCAACAAGAUAUACCUGAUUGGCUACAUUCAGCUUGCUGGGUCAUGAGAUGUGGGUAGGGCUGGAUGAAUCUGACAAUUUUGAUUUCUCUCAUUUUCUCAACCUGAAGUUCUCCAUAUUUCCACCUCAGCUUGCAACUUUUUUUAAAAAAAUCCUUGGGAAAAUUCAUUAGCAUUUUAGUACAAAUGUCUCUUAAGAUAUGCAGUUUUGCCUAAUACACAUUUUUGCAAAGCAGUUUUUCCUAAUGCAUUUUUGUAUGUUAUUUUUCACCAUUAUAAUGCAUUUUAAUGUUAUUUUCAUGAAUAUAUGCACUUCUGUGCAACCUAGUAUAUGCAUUUUUGUGCACAUUACUUAACUGAAGAACUGCACUGCAAAAUUUGGAGAAGUGAGAAAUUCAAAGGAUGGCUGAGUUUUAGUUCGCAUGUUGUUUUGGAAAGUUGAAAUUAUGUAGGUUCACCUUUAAAUGUGAACUGAACCAAAUUUCUUCCGCAUUCCUAGCUGUGGGGGACUGACACCAUUCCUCUUAAAAUACUAUAAAAGACUUUGCUGAACAGUCUGCACUAUUUUAUUCUAGUUUGGUUGAAUUUGCACUGUUGCAAAUUUUCAGUUAUAAUUGCUAGAGGAAAUACUCUCCUAACAGUUCAGGUAAACGUUAGCUGACAUGUUAAGGAGAGUAUUUUCCCUAGAAAUGAUAACUGAAAGCUUGCAACUGUGCACAUUCAACUUUAGUUACUAAAGGGUCCAACCUUUAGCUAUUAUUUUAGUUAUUGAUAAAAUGUGUACUGAUUUCAAAAGGUGGAGAAAUCAGAGAAGACUUUUAAAAAAUAGAUAGGGUUGCAAUUAAUCAGCUAUAUAUAUAAAUCUACAUCAGAAUAUGUAAAGUACAAGUUUGGGGACAGUCAACUGGUUAGUCAAUUACAUUUUUAAUUUCAAAAGUAUUCAUAGUUAUCAUCCAAAGAUGCAUAGGCCUAGAGCCACACAUGACAUUCAGCUGUCAUUGUUUUCUUAUUUUAAAAGAAAAGCAGCCUCCAUCAUUGUAAAACACAACUUGACAUGCAGAGGAACUGCUGCUGUUUGGAGAAAUGUUAAAAGCCUACUAUGUGCUAUUGGCACAAUCCCACCAAAGUUCCAUUGAUGUCAAGGGGAAAAAGUAAAGUAUAUGAAAUUAAUGUAAUCUAAUUCACUCUAAUUGAAUUUUUUUAAAAUCUCAUUUCUGCAGCAGUUGGGACAGGAUGUAUGAGGUUGGGUCUUACUCUCUGAGGGCAGGCUUCAGAAGGGGAGAUCUGCUCCAUCUUUUGGUUGAGGGGAUGCCCUCCCAGCGAUCAUAAGAUUGCAGGAUAAAGUGAGGGGGUUUUGCAAUUGGAGAAUAACUUUCUACUUUCUAAAUACUACUAAAAUGACGAAGCUACAUUGUGAUCACAAAACUUUUAAUGUAUACGUAGAAAUGUAUUUUAUACAAGGAAGAUGUCUAUUGAUAAAUAAUUUAUGAAAAGCGAAACCAUAAUUGUGCUGCCUCCGCAGGGUUAGAAUUGUAUAUAGAGAUACUCCUGUUGUGUUAAAUAAGGCAUUUAUUUGGUUAAGAGUUAUGGAAUUCUAGAGGGCUGUCUCUAUGCUCCCUUAGCCUCAUAGUAACUUCCUGUCAGGUGACAUCACCCCUCUCUUUAAUUGGUUAGUUAUUUUUUCCCUCCAAAAACCUGCCGCAGUUUGUUUCAGUCAUCAGUGAAGCUAGCAGCAGUACUAGUAGCACCAGAGGACAACACUCCUUUUUUACCUAUCUCUCUCUCAGAAGCAGAGCUUGGAAAAGUUACUUUUUUGAACUACAACUCCCAUCAGCCCCAGCCAGCAUGGCCACUGGAUUGGGCUGAUGGGAGCUGUAGUUCAAAAAAGUAACUUUUCCAAGCUCUGCGAAGCUAUCUCUCUCUCAGAAGCUAUCUCUCUCUCAGAAGCUAUCUCUCUCUCAGAAUUGCCUCUUGCAGAAGCUUCUUCCUCAGAAGGUAACUUUCCUCCAUUUAAUCUACCUCAUCAACAAUCCUGCAAUAUAAUUACCUGCUAUCAACCUUCUUCAUCAUCAUCACCCUCCUCAGUUCAUCAUCCCCAGAGACUGUAUGCUUUCCUUUAAGUUUCUGUAUACCUUUGUGUUUUCUGGUUUAGUAAAAUAGUUCUGAUUAAAAGAGAGAGAUUGAGUUGACUGUCUGGCAAAGUGGGUUUCAGAACCACGGGUUCAGAACAAUAAUGUAGAAAUGCAACAUGGUUGUAUUCUGUAAUGAAUAAAAUCUAAUGUCAAGUU